UAAUGAACAGUGAUAAAACCCACCAUCUACCACGCAUCCAAAUACCCACCGCCCUUCUCCUUUCUACAAAACCUAACCCUAACCCUAACCCAUAUGAAACAGGGUUCGGAGAGAGAUACAGGGGAGAAGAGCUGGGAGACAGAGCCGGCGAAGUCUCCGGCUUCGACACGGUGGAGCGCCGCACAUGGCUCCCGGCGUCGACAUGAUAGACGGGUCCGCCGUACAUGGUGGUGGGGUUAUUUCGGGUAACCGCAACGGCAGUCAACAGUGAUGACGGUUACCGUAUGACCGUUUUGAGCAACGAUGGUCAUCACAGUAAGAGAGACGAGGAGAGAAUCAGAAGAGAAAGUCUGCGAAGGAGAGGCAAUUUGAAGGAUUUUGUAGGUUCACCCGCAAGAGGGGUUUGUAGGGAACGGGUUCAAAUCGUCUUCUGGUGAUGGGUCUAAAGAGACGCCCCUACCUGUUGACUGUUUGACCGAUGACGGACGUCAAGCUAAACAAGGUGGUUCAAGUUUUUCCGGCAAUACUUUGGCCGGUCAAGCGGAAUUUAGUGGAGGUGGUGAUGAAUACAUUCAUGUUCGGGCGUGAAGAGGUCAAGCUACCAACAGUCAUAGUCUUGCAGAAAGAGGAGAAGAUUAGUGAAAGAAUGAAAUUCCUACAAGAUCUUGUACCUGGAUGUAGCAAGGUCACCGGCAAAGUGGUUAUGCUAGAUGAAAUCAUUAGCUAUGUACAGUCACUACAACGACAGGUCGAGUUUUUGUCGAUGAAACUUGCUACCAUUAGUCCUCAAAUGGAUUUUAACCUUGAAGGACUCAUGGCAAAAUACGCGAUGGAAUCGCGCUUGGGACCUUCUGGCUCGCUUGAUACUGACAUGGCAAUGUCGUAUGCUCUUAAUCAGUCACAAAUGGCGAUUAUGCAAAGGCGGUAUUUCUGGUGUUGGAAGAAAUUCAGAUGCGGGAAGAAGAACGGUUAAUUCCCAUUUGAUGUCUAUCAGUGGAGGAUUUAAAGAUCCUACUUCACAGUUGUAAGUUUUGGCAAUCAUGAUUGUGAAGUAAUACUUUUGCGAUAUCUUGACUUACAGCAAGGUGAUUGGUUGAAUUUGUAUUGUGCAUGGGUUGAAUAGCAAAGGGAUGCAGGAGGAAAAGAGGUGAAUGGUUCAACAUACCAGCUAAUGCCAUUGGCAUACACCUGCUCCGCACACUAUUGACGGGGAUAGGCAUGUCGAAUCGCCUUCGAUCUUACGGGCAUGGACUAUAUGCAUUUUGUUGACUAAUUGAUUAGGUUGUUUGUUGUGCAUCAUUUGUUUUGUUUUUAUAUGUAUGAAGCAGAAAUACAUUUUGUUCAUAUCAAUCAUGAAGAUCAAAACACAACAAUUGUCAUUCUUUAAA